CUAGCUCGACCAUAACAGCCACAAUAGUAGCAACGACAAUAAUAAUGGUGGUGGCGGAGCAGCUGAGGCUGAUCGAAGCUGGCUCUGCGGCGCAGGCAGCCCUCUGUAGACCGUGCCCUGAGCUACACAGGCAGCAAACAUAAGCCCAGCGAAGGGGCGACUUUGGGAGAAGCCCAGCAGUGACAGCUGAGAGACGACACUACUGAGCGGCGGCAGUCUCUGCCCAGCUCGCAUUCAGCGAACAGGAGGAGCAUUGCAAGGAUGGGAGGUUAGAUCCUAAGGGUUAGCCUGCCUCAUAGAGACGCAACAGCAACAACAACAACACAGCUGCCCACCUUCUCUCUCUCUCUCUCCCCCUCCGUUGGUUUUACAGAAGGAAAUCCUGUGAAUGUCAUUGGGAGUGGAAGGGGGGGGUGGAGGUGCCACUCUGCUGCUGGUGCUGGUGAAAAGGCAUUCAGGAGCAGGCAGCCUUUCUGGGGGCAGCGGGGGCAGAGCUCAUCGCGGACAAAAACCACCACCACACUACAAAGGACCAAGAGCUGCCAAUGUCAUCAGCCAUCGAAAGAAAAAGCCUCGAGCCCUCCGAGGAGCCCGUGGAUGAGGUACUCCAAAUACCCCCUUCCCUAUUAACAUGUGGAGGUUGCCAACAGAACAUUGGGGACCGUUACUUCCUCAAAGCCAUUGACCAGUACUGGCAUGAAGACUGCCUUAGCUGUGACUUGUGUGGGUGCAGACUUGGAGAGGUGGGAAGACGGCUGUAUUAUAAAUUGGGAAGAAAACUCUGUCGAAGAGACUAUCUCAGGCUUUUUGGCCAAGACGGCCUCUGUGCCUCCUGUGACAAGCGAAUCCGGGCCUACGAGAUGACCAUGAGAGUGAAGGACAAAGUGUACCACCUGGAAUGCUUCAAAUGUGCUGCUUGCCAGAAACACUUUUGUGUUGGUGACAGAUACCUUCUCAUCAACUCUGACAUAGUGUGUGAACAGGACAUCUAUGAGUGGACUAAGAUCAAUGGGAUGAUAUAGCCCAUUUGUGCCUCAUAGUCUCCAAAAUUAUUCUCAUGGGUGACACAAAUACCUAGCAAUGGUUAGGAGAUUAUCACUCACAAUAUCAAUGUGCUUGUCUAAGGUAGAGGAAAUGUUGCUGAAUUCACAGGUGCUGCAUCAUGUAAAAAUGGUGACUGGAGACGGAAGCUGUAGCAGAUAGAUGGAUUUCUGUUAGCAAAUAUGUUUAACUGACAUUCUCAAAGGUGAUGAUGAAAGAGGGGGAACCAAUUUAAAAAUAACCAUAGAUUCUCUUGACUGGAGAAUUCAGUAGUGACAUGUAAAAAAAAAAAAGAUUUUAUGGUUCUGACAGUUGCAGACUAGGUUUGUGCAACUGAUUUUUUCCUUUACUACAUUUCUAUUUACUCUACAUAGACCAUAAUCUCAAAGCUAGUACAAGAAAGAACAAUGUGGGGCAGGGGAGGGGAAGACUCCAGUUAUUCAGAGUAAUCUGAUUCUCCAUGUUUUGGAUGUGGAAAGAGGGCCUUCUCUCUUGCCAUAGGAUACGAAUAUUAUAACUUUUGACUGCAAUUCUGCAGCAAUUUACAUGCACCUAGUUACAUUCAUUUAAGUCCUUAGAAAUCACAUAAACUUACAGGCAUUUAACAUGGUGCAGGACUGCAGCCUUAAAUGUGGAACACCUACUUCAAGAAAUUUGGAUGAAUAGCUACCUUUUGGUGCCAUUGUUUGAAGGUGAGAAAUUUCACCAUUCAUUUCUAUACAAAUAUAA